AUGUAUAUAGCAGACGUAAGCACAGAAAAGCGUUUAUACUGUGGACAUACUGGAACUUAUUACAGAUGGGAGCGAGCUGGUAGGAGAAUCUAUGAUAACAAUUUGUUCUCGAACACUACGUCAGAAGUACUUACGCUAUCGAAUGUUGAUAGGAAUGAUAAUGGUAUAUACAGAUGUGAAUAUUAUCAUAAUGGAUGGCAACCUGCUGAUUUUUAUUUAGUUGUGAAAGAUACUAGAUUACCGAUGAUAUAUCUUCCAAGUAACCAAUAUGUUGCAGUGGUUGGAGCUGUUGUUCGUUUGAAGUGUACGUUUGGUCAAACAAUACCAAAGACCACAGCAGCUUGGUGGACAAAAUUCAACAAUGGACUCUAUAUGAACUUAUCAGGUUCAGAUGAUCAGAAAUAUCUAGGGUCAUUUCAAAGCAUUCAACUUAAUUUAUUCAGUGUAACCGAAAGAGAUUCUGGUGAAUAUAGGUGUAAUGGUCAGACCAAAAAUGGUCAAAACUUUCUAGCAACGCAGCUAAUGAUUGGAAAUAAACCACAACCUCCUGCAACAGGAAAACCAAUCAUCAAUGUUAUGGUAGGCAUGGAAGUUACUUUAUCGUGUAUUCCCCAAUUUGCGAAGACCAAUUUAACAUCCUUGUGGUGGGGAAAGAAGUGGUAUGAUGAUUUUCCCAGUAUCAACUAUAAAAACAAGAAUAAAUACAGCGGUGGAAACUUGUCAACACCAAAUCUGACAAUAAAACAAGUCCAUUCCUCAGACGCAGCUGAUUACAGAUGUAACGUAGCUAAUAUAUUUGGAACAUCAUAUGUGGAGUCGAAAGUUGUAAUAGGAAGAGCGCCAUCAGUGAGAGUUUAUAAAAGAGUACAUAAUCCUGUUAUAGGAGACCCAGUUACCUUAGACUGUGUUUUUACUUAUGCUGAUAAAUUCUGUUGGAAACGAGUAAAAAACGGACAGGAAGAACCAGUAGAUACUGCCAGAACUUCUGGAGAAUCAACUCAGUCAUUGACAAUACAGAGUGUAGAACAGCAGGAUGAUGGGGAGUAUAGAUGCUAUGGAUCUAAUGAUAUCUCAACAGCAAACAGUGCAAUAACUGUAUUAUCUGGACAUCCUCCAGUAGUGAAUAUCAGCAAGGACUGCUAUGUCCUUAGAGUAGGAGAUAACGUGACGAUUAAUGUAAUAGUGAAGCAUGCUCCUAUGGAGUCUACAAUAAAUUGGAGACAGGAGGGAAAUAUUAUAUAUAACAAUACUCGUCAGGCAGUCGGAGAACUACGUAAUCCGUUCCUCACAAUUAGAAAUGUCGAGCUGAAGGAUGCAGGAAAUUAUACACUUUUUGUCAAAAAUAAAUAUGGAAACAAUUCAGGCUUUACCGUGCUGAAAGUGAUUUACAUACCACUUGUCACUACGACCACAACAAAGGUUGAGGUUAAUAAAGGAGUCGAUACAGUACUAUUUUGUUCUCAUGACUCCAAUCCAACACCGACACAUGUUUAUUGGACAAAGAACGGUGUCAACAUUUCCGCCCAUGAGACGACCAAAUAUAAUGGCAGUACUAUUGAAUCUCCUUCAUUAGUUAUAUAUGAUACUGGAACGAGUGAUUCCGGAACUUAUGUUUGUUCAGUGUCAAAUAAAUUAGGUUUUGGAUACAGUAAACCACUCCAACUUGUUAUAAGAGAUACUCUGUCUUCUGAAAGAAAGGAAUAUUCCUAUAAGACGCCUUUGAUUAUAACUCUGUCAGUGAUAGUUAUCAUUCUGUUUUUUGUUGGUCUGAUGGUUUGUUACAAACGUCGUCAGCGUAAUAUCAGUCAUUAUGAGAACCCAGACGUUAAACAAGGUGACGUACACAGAUAUAGCACUGCAAGGAAUGUUGACGAAUACGAUUUACCCAACCAAACUGACGAUAAUAAUACAGUAGGGACUACGGGAAGUCUUGAUGACAGAAACGAACAUAAUGAAACUCGAUCUUUCAUGGUUCCCGAAUUUCUCAAACUGCUUAACGAAAAAGACAAAUACACGAGACAAGUUCAACUUGAAUUUAAGAAUCUUUCGGAAUCUGUCAAUCCUUGCCAUAGCGGAAGUGAAUACCAUAACGAAACAACAUCGUUAAUGAAACACAAUAAUCCAGCUAGUAAUACUACUUACCAGAAUACAACAUUAACCAUAAAAGAGGUCUGUACUUUUAUACUUUAA